UCACGUGGCACAUUUAAUACUACACGAUCUCUGUCUGUAGAAACAUCGCCAGAAAAAAAAUCAGGACACGCUGUCACAAUUUUGUGCCAUGUUUGGGGCAAAAAACUUAGAUCAUGCCCCGAUUAA